AUGGAAUAUUCACACUUAUACUUUGCAGAGGCACCUGUCAUCCAGACCUUCAGAAGGAACAUCACCAGCUUGAACAGAGACAGCAUAUUGGCCAUUGUGGGUGACAAUUUGGUGACCAGACCAGGACUGAAUGUGACCCUGGAUUGCCCUGUGAAAGGGUUACCUAAUCCCAAACUAACAUGGAUGAGAAAAGACCACUCCUUGCCAAACAAUUCAUUUGUGCUUUUAAACGGUUCCCUGCUGCUAACAAACAUCAGCUCUGAAAAUGAAGGGACGUACAUUUUGCACUGCAACAAAUAUGCUUGGAAGAACAGUAGCAAUGACUGUUCUGCACUUAUCUGGUCAUAAAUUGCACAAUUCUACAGAAGAACUUUCCAG